CUGGCUCCCCCCCCCGCUCAGCCCAGCAGCUAUUUCUCGGCUGUCGGGCUCGGAGGUGGCAGAAGGCGACAGGGAGAGGGGGGUGUGUGUGUGUGUCCCGUGUCCCCCCCCCCCCCCGCUUUCCCCCGGGGCUGUGAGGUGGGUGCCCGCACCCCACGCCCGCCCCGGCCAUGGGGGGCUGGUGCCGCAGCGCCUGGAUUUUGCCCUUUUUCUUGGCUGGGCUCGUCCAGCCGGGGCAGAGCCAGGAGAGGGAGAAGGUGAAAUGCUACAACUCGGUGCAGGGCACCAUCUACGACUAUGGGGCCCUGACCCUCGACGGGGACGAGUAUGUCCCCUUUAGGAACUACGCGGGGAAGAUGGUGCUCUUCGUCAACGUGGCCACGUACUGAGGCCUCACCCUGCAGUACCUCGAACUGAAUGCACUACAAAACGAGCUGGGGCCCUACGGGCUCGUUGUCCUGGGCUUCCCCUCCAACCAAUUUGGGAAGCAGGAACCCGGCCAGAACUCAGAAAUCCUCCCUGCGCUGAAGUAUGUCCGGCCAGGGGGUGGCUUCGUCCCCAACUUCCAGCUUUUCCAGAAAGGGGAUGUCAACGGGGCCAAGGAGCAGAAGGUCUACACUUUCCUGAAGAACGCCUGUCCCCCGGUGGCGGAGGAGUUUGCAAACCCCAAGAACCUCUUCUGGGAGCCUCUGCGGAACCACGACAUCAAGUGGAACUUCGAGAAGUUCCUGGUGGGCCCCGACGGCGUGCCUGUCAUGCGCUGGUACCAUCGCACCAACAUCGCUGUUGUGAAGAACGACAUCAUCGCUUACAUGAGGCAGCAGCAGCAGGAGCAACAGCAGCAGCAGGGCCAGUAGACGCUGGGGCCGCCGGCCUGAGGGGUGGUUUCUCCCCCCUGCCGGCAUCCCCCCUGGCUGUUGCAGGGCUGCUCCCCAUCUCAUCCCCUCCCAGGAUGCUCCCCAGCACCAGGAGCCGAAUGCCAAGCCAGCACGCUGCUCCCUCCCUCGCUUUUGUCUCUGACACCCCCCAGCUGGGAUACUGGGCUGAGCAACCCGGUGCAGAGACCUCAGCGAUAGGAGGGGGACAUUUCCAAUAAUCCCUUGUCCCACCUCCAUCCCCAGCGGUGACAUCUCCUCCUGGCCCCCAGCUUGCCCCCCUGCUCCGCCAUCCCGCCUUGCCGGGCAGUGGGAGGAUGCAGGGGCCAGCCGCCCCCGGAGCAGAAGACCACGUCUCCAUGAAGGCUUGGCCCGAAAGCCCCCGGCGCGGGCUGGGCCUGGCCUGAUCCUGCCGGGCACGGAGCAGCUCUUCAGUGCAUUCAAGCUGCCCGCAGUCCCGGCGUAGAGACGUGCUCCUCUCCCAGCCGGGGGCAGCCAGCCCCUCACCCCCCACCAUAAAAAUGCCAAAUAAAGACUCUGCAAAUG